UUCUGUAAUCAUCAUCAUCAUCAACAAAGAAGAAAAAAACACUAAUCAUUGUACUUCGUGUCUGAAAAAAUUGGUGAUAUCAGCAUUUGAAAAUGUCGCAGUUGGUGAAUAAAGCCAAGAACUUUGUGUCUGAAAAAAUUGGUGAUAUGGCCAAGCCAGAAGCAAGUGUUACUGACGUGGAUUUCAAGAAAGUGAGCAUGAACAAUGUUGAAUAUUUGGCUAAGGUUUCUGUUAAUAAUCCUUAUUCAACUCCAAUCCCCAUUUGUGAGGUCAAAUACUCUUUCAAAAGCGCCAACAGGGAGAUAGCAUCAGGGACAAUACCAGAUCCAGGGUCUUUGAAGGCAAAGGACACAACAAUGGUGGAUGUACCUGUGAAGGUGCCCUACAGCAUAUUGAUGAGCUUAGCAAAGGACAUUGGAGCUGAUUGGGACAUUGACUAUCAAUUGGAUUUGGGUCUUGUUAUUGACCUUCCUGUUAUUGGAAACUUCACCAUUCCUCUUUCUCAAAAGGGAGAAGUCAAGCUACCAAGCGCUUCUAACAUGUUCUCUUCUUAGUUUGAUGGGAAAUAAAUACUAAGAAGAAAAAUAACUUUGUAACUCGUUAUGCUUCCUUUUAUGUGAAUUUCUGCCUAGUGAGUGUAUCUUUUCUACUUUGAUUCUACUUUUGUUAUAUAUCCGUG